AUGUUUUCUAAAAAAAACUCUGCAAUAUCUCAACUUCAGUAUGAAAAUACAAAUGCUAAUAACAACAAAGGCAAAAGACCUCUUAAUGACUCUGAAAAUUACAAAAACAAGGGUACAACUAAAAAACUAAAAUCCACAAAUUUUUUUAGAAAUCUUAGUAAUUAUCUUAACAAUAACAAAGAGAAUGCCCCUAAAACAAUAUAUAGUAACAAAGCAACCUACAACAAGGCAAGAAAUAGUAAUACAAGCAAUACAAGCCUACAGAACUAUAAUAUAGAUAAUUCAAGUAUACUUACUCAAACAGCAAGUAAUAACUUUUACAAACUAGACAAAAAAGGCAAAGAUAAAGCUAAGCCACAUCUAGACAACAAGAUACUCUAUAUGAGAUUUUGGAAAAACUAUCCAAAAUCAAAAAAGACUAUGAGACAAUUUUGCUAA